UUGCGGGAACCACAGCGUUUUUCCCUGCUUCUCUUCAUGUCAGACGCACCUUGGCCGACAGGUCGCGCCCACGAGGAUGGCAGCCCCGUCUCGGAAGGAGAGGCAGGCCUGCUGGGGAGCCCGCGACGCCUACUGGAAGUGCCUGGACGAGAACACGGAAGACACCGCUCGGUGCUCGAAGCUAAGGCGCUCGUUCGAAUCCACCUGUCCCCCGCAGUGGAUAAAAUAUUUUGACAAAAGAAGAGACUACUUAAAAUUUAAAGAAAAAUUUGAAGCAGGACAAUUCCAGCCUACAGAGAAAACUGCAAAGUCGUAGGCGGUCCCUCGCCGGUCAGAAUGUAGGAGCAUUUUUUCUGGACGUUCGAAAGUACCCCGUUGACUGGGGAGCAAUAGUAGUUCGAGUCAUGGUGAACAUCAGUACUUCUGUAUAGUUUAAUCAUUUAAACGAUAAGUAAUAGGAGGAUCCAUCAGUCAGACAAUGUGGAACUGAAAUAAAAUGGUAUGAAAUAUG